CGACCACCAGGCUUGCUCGCCUCCCUCAGAGAGCUGGACUUGCUGUGCAGCAUAGACCUGCUUCGUCCGCGGCAUCUCACGAGCACCACGACGACCAUCACCAGGAACACGACGACACGGUGUAUCCUAAAGAAGGUUUCAGUGCACCCAUCUGGCGCAAGACCCUCGCAACUGCAGUAGCCGGUGUCAUCUUCUACGAAUACUUGGGCUCUCCCGCUGAUAACAAUGAGUCUUGGAUCACUGGGCAGGACGCCUCUCUUGAAAUAGCAACCACUCGCGCUGCUUUGGAAUCAGACAACGUCUUGCACCGUAGCCUUGUGCGUUCGGCCACCCGAACUCCCGUCUAUCGACCCCGCGGUGUCGAGGAUUUUAAUCAAGCCUCGCCCUACCAUGACUUCGUUGGCGUCAAGUCAGCCUGGAAGAAGGAAAAGCCACUUUCUGGGUCACUCGAGUAGAGGAUUCUCAUAGAAUACCAAUUGGAAGUUCAAGGCGGAUACCAAUACCUAUGAGUUUGAGGAAUUGUGUCUCGGAGACAAAUUCAAUAAUUAGGAUCAUUUCCUUCACGUGUUAGUGUUUGUUGAUCGCAAAACGUUAGUUGCCAUUGAGCACGUCUUGUCCCCCACGCCCUUCACCGCGAGAUGGUGCUGCCUCUCUUUCUGCUCCUCCCUUCUUUUGUUCAUGCCUCGCUACCCCUUGUCGACUUUGACCGUAUGGGCAAAGUCGGCCUGGCGGGAGCAUUUGCUGGUCUCAAUCUCUUCCAAAACUCAUCCGUCGCAUUCGACCCAGCAACCGCGACGCUUCUCACUCGCGCUUCGAACGGCUCCCUUGAACGUCUCGCGUCAACGAAUCCUGGCGGUCGCAUCUUGGCGGGCUGCACUCUUGGUGAUGUCUUCUAUGCUGCAGGGGUAUUUUCAUCCAUCGGAAGCACUUCGACCUCCAAUAUCGCAUCUUACACGGCCUCUUCGAACACGUUCGCAGCUCUAGGAUCGAACGGGCCUAAUGGCGAGAUUGAUGCUGUGUUCUGUGACACAAAAGACGAUAAGCUUUGGGUAGGAGGUAGUUUUACCUCCCCUGGCGCGUCAGUCGCGGUCUGGGAUCCUAAGGCGGCCACCUGGUCGGCUCCGCCUUUCAAGGGGCUAGGCGGUGCCGCGGGUCGUGUUUUAUCCAUUACGACCAAUUCCUCCGAUAGCAGCCUCUUCUUUGCCGGAUCCUUCAUUGCAUCUUUCGCCGGAAGCACUUCGAUCUUGAAUGGGACCAACAAUCCCAAUGUUCCGUUCUCUCCUGGUGCAUCGCCAUUUUCAUCGUCCCUCGUCCCUGUACCCUUGUCCCCUUCCGAUGUUCUGCAGCCCACGGCGGACUCAUCGUCGUUCGGGAACAUAUCCAACAUCCUUUGCCCCGACAAGGAUGAUGGACCGGGGCACAGCUGGUUCGGAGCGGAUGGGACCACCUCUGUUAUAUCCCUCAAUACGCUACACUUUCAGUCAGCGAGCGGAGUGCGUCUGGGCAAUACGUUUCAACCCAACCACGGAACAACAGGUUUCUUUGUAACGACUAUCCCCGACAAUACCGUGCAAACUUUGACCUAUGUUGACCCGAUCACCGGGCAGAACCAGACCUGCACCAAUCCCUGCCCCUUGAGCACUGAUUCAUCCGUGCUAUAUCAGGACUUCUUAUUCAAUGGACCCAAAGCUGUGACUGGUGUCGUGAUUCAGUUGACAGGAUUUACGGGUGCUGGCCCAGGGCUGCACAUCCUUCAGCUGUUGUCGUCAGGGGCAUUCGCAUCAUCUGUUCAAAGUAGCAACGGACCCUCUUGUUUUGCACCUGGUGCAUCGAACACCAGCUUCACUGGCUCCUGGUCACCCAAGAAGGCACCAACUGCCAUCUCCGGCACUGAGCAAACAGUUCUGGUGGCGUCCGCCAAUGUCGGCACUUCGGCUGCGAAUGGACCUAGUUUCACAUGGCAACCGUAUGUUUCUGCGACGGGAGUCUACACGAUGAAUAUGCUCGUUCCCGGCUGCAACAAUCUACAGGACUGUAGCGCUCGGACUUCUGUCAAAGUCACAGUCUUCCCCGGCAACAACCUCAAUCCUUGGGUCACGACCAUUUCCCAGCAGAACCAGGAUGACGCAACUACGCUCAUCUACAGUGGACCUAUCUCUCCCUCGGCGCCCAAUUUCGUCACCUCUGUGACCAUGACUCUCGAUGAUCAUCCGGCCGGCAACGGUCAGAAUGGGAAAUGGGAAAUGGUUGCUGGCCAGAUCGAAUUGGUUCUCGAUUCGGUAUCGAACUCGACCAAUGGAAGUGCGCACACAAUCACUGCCAAUUCAACCGCCUCCCGAUCCUCGUUUGGCUUUUUCGAAUGGCCUUUGACGCAGACCAAUAGCGUCGACGGAACUGCGACGCUGACUAAUUCGUCUCAGACCGCUCUGGAUGCUGUCGGCUUCGAUCUGUUGAGCGCUCUUGGAGGGGCCAAUUCGUCGACUACAGCGAUUACUACUGUGGCACACCACCCGUCGGGCAUAUUCCUCGCUGGCAACUUUACCCUGUCUUCGGGCAGCGCGUCGGGCUCUUCAUCUAUCAUAUUGUUCCAGAGUGGCAACCUGGUCGCGUUGAGCAACAGCGGGUUGAAUGGUCCUGUGACGUGCCUCCUGCUCGACGGAGACGACCUAUUCGUUGGCGGGUCGUUCACCGACACGAAGUCUGCCUCGACAAGAAGAUGAGCAGUAUCGCACUGUAUAACGUACAGUCCAAGGCAUGGUCUGCGCUGUCUGGAGGCGUGAACGGCGAAGUGCUGAGCAUGAGCAAGGUCGGAGACCAGCUUCAGGUCGCCGGAACGUUCACGACUCUGUUGAGCCCCACCGGUGCUGCAGGUGCCGAUGCGUCUGGAUUCGCCGUGUGGAAUACAACGUCUGCGCAAUGGGCCGAUGCGGGUGGUUUUGUUGUAGGGAAGAUGUCGCUCGUGUCGAACGGAACUGCCGCCGGGCAGUUCGUCGCUGGCAAUGUAGUUGCUUCGCAGGCCUUCGGUGCUUCUGGCAUGGUUAUGCUCCACAACGGCCCUAGCGAUGUUCCGGUCGUCAGUCCCUUGGGCGUGGCCCUGGCUGCUGAUGUAUCACCUGCGCCCACGACUACCUCUGCUCGCAAGCGAUCUCUGCAUGCUUCCCAUGUCGCCUCCUGGCACGUGACGUUACGGUCGCUGUUCUCUCGGCAGUCCGCAAGUCAGUUGGCCUCGCUACCUGCAGAGCUUCCAGCUCCGGCUCCGGCCGUCCUUGCUGGUGCUUUCUGGACGAAUACCUCUUCCUCGGCUCAGGUUGUGAUCAUCGGAGGCAAUUUCUCGUUUGUCGGAUCUGGAUCAACGACGGAAUCGCAAGGCGUUGCGCUGUACAAUCCCAACACGGGAGCCACUACUCCUCUGAAUGGCGCUGCAGUCAACGGAACUGUGCGUGCUCUUUUGGUGGUUGGCGACCUGUUGUAUGUGGGCGGCCAGUUUUCUGUCUCGGGCUUGAAUGCAAAUGGCUUUGCCAUCUAUGACCUCGCUGCCCAGAAGUGGGAGACAGCGACGAUCCAAGCGCUCCAAGCCAGCUCUGGGUCGACAGUCGUUGUCCGAUCGAUCACUGCGUCCACAUCCAAGGCGAGCACAGUCAUUGUUGCAGGAUCGUUUGCGCAGGCGGGAUCACUCCGGUGCCAAGCCAUUUGCAGUUUGGAUACCUCGUCUCAUCAAUGGAAUGCUCUCGGAAGCGGGAUCCAGGGACAGGUGGCCGCUGUUGCCUACUCGGGUGACAACGAGGGGAACCUGGUUGCUGCCGGCUCGAUUGCUCUCUCGGACAACACCGUUGCCAAUGUUGCACAAUUCACAUUUUCCAAUGGCUCAUGGGCAUCUGUUGGAUCCGGUUCCAGUCUUCCCGGCCCGGUGACUGCUGUCGAAGUCAAUGCCGGUAAUUCGAGCAGCAUCUUUGCGGCUGGCAGAACUUCGGAUGGCUCCUCCUCAUUCUUGUCGUUCUGGAAUGGGGCUUCGUGGUCUGCCAUCAGCUCAGGCCUGGACAGCAACACGACGAUUGCCCAACUCACUAUGGUUCCUCUCCAGGACACUCAUGCCGGUAACAACAUCAUCCAGCCCGACAGAAUGCUUAUGCUUUCCGGAUCGCUGGCUGAUUCGUCAUUUGGCAACGCGUCGACAGCCUUGUAUGACGGCCAGAGUUUCUUCCCUUACAUUGUUUCUUCGUCUCCUACCGGUUCCUCGGGGACUGUAUCUUCGCUUUUCCAUUCGUUUGCUACUUUCAGCUUCACUCAGAAACAUUUCUUGGCCACUGGAGUGGUGAUCCUGAUCUCGAUCGCCAUCGCAGCGGGUGUCGUCUUCCUGCUUGCGCUGCUUGGUAUCCUGUGGACGCUGUUCUCUCGCCGCGAUGAGAAGCUGAACAAGAUGGACGCUGGCGAGGAGGAGGACGAUGAUUCGACCCACCACCGGCCAUCUUCACUGCUUGAGCAUAUCAAUGCUGCCACCCGAACCACGAUCAUCGGAGGUCCUUAUGGCCAUUACUCGUCCAAAGAGGACAAGCAGCCGGAGACACGCUCAUCCACACCAGACAAUGAUCCGUUCGCGCCAGAUGCAAGCAACUAUCUGCGAGCGGAGACGCCGUCAGAUGCCAUCGCCGGUAUGUUGGCUGAAGAGUCGUCGCGACCUGCGCAGGCCCGAUACUCGUUUGACGGAACAGGCGAAGGCGAGCUACCGCUAUCUGCAGGCUCUGCUGUAGAGAUCCUGGAUGAUCGAGAUCCUGCGUGGUGGUAUGCUCGAGAUGUCAAGACGGGGCGUGAGGGUGUCGUCCCUGCUGCAUAUUUAUUCUAGUCUCAUGUUAUCUUCUGUUUGUUGCAUUUUGUAUUCCCGCUGCAUUUUCCAAUACCCUAAUACCUCAAAUAUCAAACGUCAAAUUUCACUGUCUGCUCGCCGCCACCUCGUUCAAUCUUGACCAAGCGCUUUGCAACGCAACCGAAAAGAAUACGGGUUGUGUUCUGAGAUGCGCCGCCACUGGCACUGCCCUUCGUUGCAAGUAGUUCUUUCACGUGAUUCAAGGGCAUUGAGAAUGGAGGCCCGCUGCUCAGCAACACAAACAAGAGAUGCGCCGUCAGAAUCUGUUGCACUGUAGGACCACUUGAUGCUCCGCCUCCUGUCGCAGAGUCGGAGAUGGUGGUUGACGGGGAUGCUGGGGCCGCUGUGAGAGAAGAGAUCUCUUGAAGAUACGUUCUGUGGGAAUUCCAUGAGCACCUCCAGGAACCUAGCGAAAGAAUGAUACUAACAUGGUUUCCUUGGCUCGUGGCGGUUUCGGUCCUGUUCCCGUCCCGGACGUAUCGUAGGAGUGUCCUGGCAUGAUGAGAUCCCCGGCCGCCAUCCAGAUCUUGCCUACGAUCCGUUCUACUUCGGGAUUUAUGCGCAGUUUAUUCUUCCGAGGUGUUUCUGCAACAGGUUCUGGUAUGGGUGGAAGAUCUUCGAUCGGGACGGGGUCCUCUAUCGUCACUUCCUGGAAGGUGGACUCAUCGGCAAGUGAGGCCUCUUGUGUAAGUUCCUCGCUGACUUCCUCCUCCUCCUCAACUUGUUCGUCCUCGUCCUCUUGCAACUGUGCGGCGGUGCGAGAGGGUAUUGUGGGAGAGGACACCGUGAUGUCGCCAAAAUCGACCUCUUCCUCCAUGAGAUUCUCCGUGAAGCGAAGCGUUCGAGCCGGCGUUCGGAAGGGUUCGUCGAGCUCAUCACCCAGGGCUGGUGUUCGAGGAGUUUGCCCAUACUGGCUGGAUUCCAAUCGGGCAUCCGGUGUUUUCGGUCGCAUUGACCGAGCACGUGCUGUAGCGGCGGCUUUCUGAGGACUUCAGUCGAUCUGAUGCAGAGAACAAGACAAUCCGUCUCACGCGCUGCUUCAAGUUCUCCAGUUUCACCUGCAGUUGAUGGACCCGCUCCUCCUCCUGAUCUGCGAGUGGUUUGAUCUCAGAUAGCUGGCCUGACUCUAGCAUGUCGUUGAGAUCUCGUAUUCUAUCCCGAAUUUCCUCGAGCUGUUCGAUGAGAGAUGUGGCUUGGGCCUGAGCGCGGGGCAUUGGCCUGACAACGGCAUAGCGGGUGAUAUAUGUCAACGCAGCCUGCGCGUAUAUUUCGGGAUCCUGCUUUCGACGCGGAGCCGGUCUGUGGAAUUCGACGCGCUUCAGUUCGGGUGUGAAGAGCCCUAAUUCUGCGCUGUCGAUGUCGCGAAUAAGAUCGCCGAGAGAUGUGUUCAGGACAGCUGUUGCGAAAGGGGUCGGAGGAGCGACAGCGGAUGCAGCGGCGCGGGUGGCCUGAAUAUUGCUCAUGAGUCGAUCGAGAGAUUGCAUAGUUCCCGGUAGGUUUGCUCCGGUCGCGACUAAAGUAGAUUCAAGCAGUGAACGCGACGGUUUGUGGUGAAUUGUUUCGAGCCACGUGACGAUUUUGAAGGCCGUUACUUCGAGCCAUAUCUUAGUCUAACUCUCGCGUUCUUGCCGCGUACUACACCAGAUACGCGGCAAGGAUCGACUAUUCGUCCCUGAAUAUCUAUGUGGGAGCCAUUACCCUUGAUUGUCUACGGCUACGCCGUCCACCCUCUAUCACCCUCUCGUCACGCUCGUUUUUCCGCCCGGAAUAGGCUCUCGACAGUCACCGAAUCGUCGACCGAGGAUAACAUACCGCAUCGCGACGUCGUGCCCCUCGAGGUUGGAGAUGAAAUUUAUGCUUUUGAAAAGUACACACCGAAAGGCAAGGAGGUAGAGGGGAUCUGGUACAGAGGCUAUGUCGUCUGCACCACUCGCCGUCCACCUGUCACCUGGGCUUUGGCCUCUGACCCGUCCUCCUCUGUCGUAAAGCCCCCUCCCAAGACCGAAGAGCCGUAUCAAGUCUUUAUUGGGAUCUUUCCUGCUUCGCACAUCUUUGUCCGCGAUGAAUUUGCGGACGCUGAAGGACGUCUACCUGACCUUGCGACAACUAUAAAUGGCGCAGUCAAUGGCUAUGUGUCGUCCACCAAUGGAUGGGCGUCGGGCAACGCCUCACAUGGGACCGCAAGCCCCGGCAGCUCAUUCGUCCAUUGGACCAGUAGGCCGGGGCCUGGAUCAGUCGUCGGCAGUGUCAGGGGAGAUGAUGAGGAGCAAGAUUUAUCGGCGUCUAGGAGAUCUUUUCGGACCGGGCCGCUUCCAGAUUUCACCAGAUCUUUGCGUUCGGGGGGAAUGCCAGUAUACCCUGCGAGCCUCAACUCGGCUUCUCUCCGUUCGUCCUCUCCCGCCGACUCACAAGUACUCAAACCUCUUCCUCCACGACCAUCUCUCAAGUCAGGCGACGACACAGCAUCUGGGGCUGCUCAGCCUAUUAUAGACGAGAUCGCGGCGGCUUUACGUGAAUGGCACUCUUUCAUGUUCCAGUACCUUGCUCGACGGGACUAUGCUCUCUUUCGCAUCGUACGGGACCACAUUGAAGCUCUCCAUCUGGGUCGGCGACAGUUGCUUGCGCAAACUCUGAACGAGGAGGAAAGCGUGAAUAUGCGAAGGGAUUGUGUGACGCGUUUGGUGGCAGGGAAUGUUGUCCAGGGUCUCGAUGUCAUUGUGCGACAUCCGACGUGGGGAUCUCUCGUCUCUGUGGAUGUCGAAGGCGAGAUUGAUGCCCGCAGUUGGCUCAGCGCGAUCCGGAUGUAUUCGAUGCAGACGUCUCUCGCCUACUUGAACACUAGGAACUCGGACAAUAUCCGACAGUCUAUCCGCUCCUCGGUUGUACUCUCGCCCAGCCACGCUCUCUUCUCCGACUCAGCCUAUCAGAAGCCACGAUCGUUGUCCGUCGGGACGACCGAUGCCCCACGGCGUGCUACAGCCAAGUUUUUCCAUGUUUUCCUUGAAAUGCGCGCGUUUGUUGCCGCUUUCUGUGUCCCGGGCGAAACUUCUGAGCUAUUCUUCUCUUUGUACAGGCGCUCCGGGCAAUUCAUCACAGAGGAGUUCUGUGCAACUCUCAGUCACAACGGUGUCCUUGCUCGUGACCCCUCUGGCCGGAUACGCACCCUCUUCACAGAUCUUGCCUUGGCCGAUGUUCAAGAUUCUGUGUUUCUGGUCUGCCGGAUCGUCCGAAGCGGAGGACUCUCCGAGUCUUAUAUUGAUGGCGCGGUCAGCAUGCCCAGCAGCCUUCGGCAAGGCUCCGGCGAGUCAUCUGUGCCUCUCCGCCGUCCGGUUGGCUGUGCUGUGCUAGAGCUGACUCAGUUGGCGCGGAUGACCACCGACGAUAUUGACGUGACUGCAGCAAAAGAGCAUCACAUGCCCAUCUUCGUCCCCACCAACGAGAAUUCAUUUUCGAUGAUGCACCAGAAUAUCAUCAGCAAGAAUUACAAAGAAUAUGAGAAGACGGCUCGGGCGGAUACACUCGCCGUGACGAUCAAGGUCUUUCGUGGAGAUGCGACCACAAUUGUCCGCGAGAAUGGGUCUCUACUCCAAGGCACCCCGCAGACUUUGCGACUGGGCUUUCCGGAUGUCGUCUUUCCUGGUGACGUACGGAACGAGCUGUACAUCAAACUGUGGGCGGGUGAAUUUGGUAUUGGCAGUGCCGCAUCGGGCCGUCUUAGCGUCGCACAAUUCGCCCGAGGGCAGAUGGGACCCAGUUCCAACAACAUACAAGUCAGUGUUGAAGUGCGCAACCAGCAUGGUGGCCUCGUCGAGGGAGUCAUAUCUCAGGGCAGCGGAGAACCUUGCAUUUCGCAGUUCCACUCGGUUGUUUUCCAGCGUUGCAAUGAGCCAACCAACUGGCACCUGUUCUUCACAUUCCGCAAUCGAACCAUCAAGGAGCGUGGAGCAUUCCGAGACCUGGAAAAGCCGUUUGCGUUUGCUUAUCAGCCUCUGUUCCCGGACAAGCAUUCGUUUGUCGAGGACGGCAGUCACACUCUGAUAUUGUAUCGCACAGACAAGCUUCACCACAUCCCGAUAGAGCUGUACCUCUCAGCUCCGUCCUGGCUCCCAGCAAACCAGAAGUUCGAACAGUUGUCUUUCCCCGCAGAGAUGCAGAAACUUGCUCAGCCGUCCCGCGAUACGCUGACCAUUCGGUCUUCAUUGUGUUCCACCAAGCUAACGCAGAAUCCGGUUCUACUCAGGUUGCUCAGCUGGGAUCAAAUCGCGGACAAGGAGCUGCUAUCUACGGUCCUUGCCAAGUUCACGUUUGUCGGCGAGGGCGAGAUCGUCAAGUUCCUUCCCGAUAUCUUCGACUCCUUGUUUGGCAUCCUGGUCUCCUCCAUGAAUCAGUCCGGUGAAAUGGACGAGCUGGUGUUCAAUGGCCUCGUGACCGUUCUCGGGAUCGUUCAGGACCGCCGUUUCAGCAAUUUCCAGCCUGUUCUUGAUGUGUACAUCGAGAACCACUUCAAUUGCGCGGCUGCCUCUUCUCACAUCAUCCACUCCAUGACACGUCUUGUGACCAAUCCAACAGCCACGGAAAGUGCAUCGCCGCUGCGUGCGGCGCUGAAGGUGUGGCACUACAUCUUCAAGUUCAUCGCUCGGUCCCGAGAAAUCCAGAAGGCGAAAGAACUGGGGAUGGGUGGAGGUGCGACCGCGGAACACCUCGAGAACACCUUCAAGCGGGAACUGCGUGCACAUCUUGCUGAAGUUACGCGGAUGAUGGCGGCGUCGACACCACCUGCCAUCAUUGGGACGCAGACAAUUGCACUGCAGCACUUCACGUCGAUCCUCCCUGAGCUCGCCAAAUUCUUCUCGACAGUUGAGCUGGUCUCUAUUGCGACCAGUUUUGCGAACGCAGUGAUCGUGGGAAAGGGCAAGAUCGUGAUCUGGAAGCUGAUCAUGUAUUUGCAAAUCGUCAAAGGCUUCUUGUUCGACAAUCCGGAGUCGCGCCCCUUGCUGGUGGAAGCGGUUGUAAUCUGGAUAAAGCCGCACUUUGGAAGAUAUGACGAGUACCAGCCGAACGAAUCUGACGCUGCUAAAGACGCCGCACGAGUCAGCUGGCUCGAGAGCAUCCGGCUGUGCAUCACCAUCGUGGCAGUGAUGCUGGACAAACUGCAGCAGAAUCUUGUCUCCCCUGAGAUCAUGUCAGAUCGCUCCCGCCUACGGAAGGAACAGGAUAAUGUCGAGAAUCUGCUGCCUCUUAUUCCACGACUGCUCGAUUCAUACCGCGAAUUCCAAUCCCCAGCGUCGCGCAAAGCUAUGGAGAAUGCGAGAUCGUCCCUGCCUCUGAAAGCCUCCGUGCCGGUUACAUUCCCCGAAUCAUACCCGUUCUCCCUUUUGGCCCAGCUGCCGGAUGAUCUCGGCGCAGUGAUUAAUCCCGAGGAAGAUAGGACAUUCAUCCCUGCUCUGGGUGAGACGGCGACGGUAUUCCUGGUGCUUAUUCUGUCAUCCCCGACCAAACACAUCCUCAACUUCUUGGAACUGAGCCUCGAUAUCGAAGGCAAAGAUCGCUUCGUCGCGUUGUUGACACAGCUCUUCAAGGUGGCGACAUCCAUUCUGGACAACGAUGCCUUCCCCAAGACCUGGCUCAACAUCAAUGUUUUGGCGCACAAAGUGUUGAUUAGGAUCAUGGAACCCAUCGCCACAAUCCUGGAAAAGGAGUUCAUUCCCCCGAAACAAGAUCAGCAGCAAUUCAAUACUUCGCUCUGGCGAGAUUGCUUUUCCAUGUUCCUCAAGCUCUUGUCGUCUGACCAGCUGGUGAUCGAAGAGUUCAGUCCGCAAAAGUGUCGCGCUGUUUGGCGGCUUGCUGGAGACAUUCGCGGUGAUGGUGCUACCAUUUUGUUAACACUCUGGCAAGCCUUGGGCUGGGCGGACCACCCGACAACGAACGGGGAAUCGCCUAUCCGCUACGGGGGCUAUCAAAUCUAUUUGCAUCCACUUGUGGGGCAAGUGGUCAACCUAUGCCUCAGUCACCGUGAUUUGCUCCGUAUCAAUGCGGUCCAGAUGUUGUUCAGCAUGAUAGUCUCCGAGUACCACCAGUCGCAGAACUUCGAUGACAUCGAGCACGAGCUCCUCACGCGCCUGGACUCGCUGUUCAUGUCUGACAGCAAAGGGGAUGAUAUUUCCCGUGCUUUUUUCAUCGGGCAUCUCCGACAUUUGUUCGAGACCUCGGAUGUGGAUGAAGGUCUGAGGGACCGCGUAAACGGCUUCUUGGACUCGAUGGAUCUGUUCCUCGAGCUGCUGCUGAGUCUUCGCGCGCUUCCUGAAGGAGACGAGUAUGCGGAUGACAGGGUCAUUGCUACUCUUCGCCUGAUGAACUUCAUUCGCCGCCUUGGACGAGACGAGAUUUACAUCAAAUAUGUGCAUCAGCUGGUCAAUAUGCAUCUCCAAUCGCAAAACUACGUCGAGGCUGCGUUGACACUAAAGCUGCACUCUGAUCUGCACGAAUGGGAUCUGAACACCUUCCUUGGGCCGAUGGAUGAUUUGAGCUUACCCCAACAGUCUCAAUUCCAUCGCAAGGAAACCCUGUGCUUGCUGAUCCUGGACUAUUUGGGCAAAGGAAAGGCUUGGGAAAGGGCGAUCAGCAUCUGCAAGGAGCUUGCGUUCCAACAUUCUGAGGUCACUUUCAAUUACGCGCGGCUAUCUGAGAUCCUGCGGCACGAAGCUGCUCUGCUUGAGCACAUUGUCACUGACCAGCGCUAUUAUCCCGACUACUACCGUGUCACAUUCUAUGGCAACUUCCCUGCGGCCAUCCGCGACAAGCGCUUUAUUUACCGGGGCUAUGAAUGGGAGAAGUUUGGGGCAUUCUGCGAACGGAUGUUGAGCAAGCAUCCGGGUGCACAGCUGCUCAAGACACCGGGCGACCCACCCGUCGACAUCCGAUACGGGAGCGAUCAAUUUAUCCAGUGCACAGCUGUCACACCAGAACCCGACCGAACUCAGCCCAUCUUCACAAAUCCCGAUGUGCCGAUCCCCGUCCGAACGUACUACGAGCACAGUGCGAUCAGUCUGUUCAGCUCGUCCCGGCAAGUGAAAAAGAUCACGAGGAUGGGGACGGAAGAGAUCUGGGUCGAAAAGACAUAUUUGACGACCGAAGAAGAAUUCCCCACCGUCUUGCGUCGGUCAGAAGUCGUCGGGGCCGACAUCAUCGAGAUUUCUCCGGUAGAAAACGCGCUGACGGAAGUGGAGAGCAAGACGAAGGAGUUGAAUGCGCUGCACAUCAAGUAUCAGGCGCUGGCGAAGACUGCCCAACCGGUGUCGACGAAUGCUCUGGCCAUGUCGCUGAACAGUGCUGUCGAUGCCCCGGUUAACACCGGCAUCUCCUCAUACAGACUCACUUUCUUCGACCCAGAAUACAUCAGCCGCAACCCUGAUCGGGUGGAAGUCGUCGAGAAGCUGCGGGCCGCCAUCGACGAGCAGGUGCUCAUGAUCGAUCUGUGCAUGCGGUUGCACGGACAGCUAUGCCCGCCAGAAUUCGUGCCGUUCCAUGAGACCCUCGAGAAGUUCUUCAAGAAGAAUUUCCGGGAAGAGAUCCGCAGAUUGGGGCUCGACGCAGAACCGAUCUCGCCUGCUCCUGAGCGCUACGAGCAGUCAGUGAAGCAGAGCAUGACGUCAACCGUCUCAACGCAGCGGCCGCGGCUUCCGUUCUUCAUUCCCCCUCUCCAACUCGGGCAGACCCUCGCCACCUCGCCUCCGCCCUUGUCACCCAGAUCGCCAGUAAGCCCCCCGGAGCCCCCGCCGAGACAGACUCCGCUCCAGCGUCAUCUCGCCCACCUGACGCGUCACGGGAUCAACGCUGUGUCGUCCGCACCAGGUGACAUUGGCGGCAGCGACUCGCUGUCGGCCGAAUCCCCGCACGAGUCGUUUGUCAACGUAGGCAACGGCGUCCACGUGGUCGGUGGUGCCAAGAUGUCUGGCGCUUCCGUGGCCACGUCCAAAAGCUUCACUUCCUUCGGAUCUCUCAAGGGCCGCUUUUCCCGCUUCGGCAGCCUCAAUUUCGGUCGGCGAGGAAAUACCACGUCGUAG